AUGCUAAAAGAUCGUUUUGUAACGCACGCUGAUUUAAAAGAAGCUGCAGCCAUAGAACGUCGUAGACAGUAUGAAGAAUCUAGGAAAAAAAGAAUAUUCAAUGCCAAGCAACGGCUUUAUGGACAAGACCAUCAAGCCCUGGAAAAACAAAUUCAUGAAAAACAAGAAGCUAAACAAUCUCAAAAUGAACAAGAAAGAAAAUGGAACGCUGAGUUCUGUAGAAGAAAUGAAGUAAUUAAUGCAAAAGAAAGGGAAAAAGGAUUGGAAAAGAAACGGCAAUUGAAUGAUUUACAUUUCUAUAGAUGUCAAUACCAAAAAAAAGAAGAUUCUAGAGAUUAUGAUUUAAUUGAUCCAAAAACAAGAAAUGAAGUAGCUAGAACAGCUGAUAACGACGCUCGUUUGGGUAUAUCUAGCGCCCAAGUGUUUGCAGGAGAAGAUAUUUUGAUUCAUGAACGUAAAAGAUUACAAAAACAGCAAUUAAAGGCUUGGCUAGAACAGCAAAUGAAAGAGAAAAGGCAAGCUGAAGCUGACAGGAAUGAAGCUGAUAUUAUUUUGCAAAAAACAAUGAAUUCAAGAGAUCAACUAGCAUUAGAAAUGGCGAAUAUGGAAAGAAAUAAUGCUCAGAGAAUGCAAUAUGCUGUUUUAAAUUACAAUAAAAAAUUGGCAAAUGAACAGAACUGGAAAAGACAAUUAGCUAAAAAACACGAGGAUGAAGAUAAUAAAGCAGAAAUUUAUAAUAUGAUUACAAGUGACAUCCUAACUGAAAAUCCUGACGUAGCACAAAGUCGAAUGGGUUUACAUCGUAAAAUUGCUUUCGAAUAUCGUGGCAUGAAUGCGGAAGAAUUAGAACAUUUCAAAAGAGAACAAUGUAAACAAAUCGAAGAACGUAAGAAACGUGAAACAGAAGAAAAAUUAAAGGAACAAAUGUGGGAUCAAAUGGACAUGAAUAUAACUAGAGCUUGUAUGUUAAAAAAAUCAGAACAAGAGGAAAAAAAUAAGAAAAAUACAAUAAUUUUAAAUGAAGAAAACGUUCGGUUGGCCCAGAAUCAAAAAAGUCAAAAUACAUACAUAGAUAAAGUUCUAUAUGCUAAUGAAUGUACUGAAAAAUUUUUUGAUCAGUUCAAUACAACUUCUCGUUAA